AUAUCGAACUCGUCGUGGCGGUGGCAGCACUGUUGCUAAAAUGGCGAUGAAACUUUUCACCUUGCGAGCUUCAGCUCGCCCAUUUAUUUCCCAGAUCAUACGGCCGCUUAGUUGUACAACUUCAAGACCUUCCUACAAGGAUGUCGCUGAAAAAGAACCAAGUAUGGAUUUAAGGGACAUCACAGAUAGAGCUGCAACUACAGCAUUCUGGACAGAAUUGUUUAGAGGUUUCGGUAUUACAUUAUCCAUGAUCUUCAAAGAGCCAGCAACCAUAAAUUACCCAUUUGAGAAGGGGCCAUUGAGUCCACGGUUUCGAGGCGAACAUGCUCUUCGACGUUACCCUUCUGGAGAAGAGAGAUGCAUUGCAUGCAAGCUGUGUGAAGCUAUUUGUCCUGCUCAGGCCAUCACUAUUGAGGCCGAGCCCAGAGCAGACGGAAGUCGCCGCACCACCCGAUAUGAUAUUGACAUGACUAAGUGUAUUUAUUGUGGUUUCUGCCAGGAGGCAUGUCCAGUUGAUGCCAUUGUGGAGGGACCCAACUUUGAAUAUUCAACAGAAACCCACGAGGAAUUAUUAUACAACAAGGAGAAGCUUCUAACAAAUGGAGAUCGUUGGGAGGUGGAGAUUGCGGCUAAUCUACAGGCAGACCAUCUGUACCGAUAAUAAAUAAACUUGUUAUGUGACUAGGUAUAUGGGAGAACAUUGCUUUGGAUUGCAUAAGGAAGCAGGAACAUUGCUAUGGAAUGCAAUUCAUGUGUGUCUUAGGAUGUUUGUGAUGAUCUGAUCAUGAAAUCGGUGCACUUGCAGAUAGACGUGCUUCUCUAUGUCUAAUCUAAUGAGAGGUUCAUCACGUCCUCCUGAUAUGCAGUGUAUAUAAGUAAAUAAGUUUUGGAUUUGAGCAUCGUUAAUGGAGAAGCCUAAAAGAAUAUGACUUGCAAUCCUGAUGAUUGUGCUUGUUAACGGUUCACUCUAAGAACAGUCUGUUCAUUGUCAAAAGGUGCAUGCCUGAAUAUACGCCUGACACCAGUUCUGUCACAAAAUGACUAUCAGUGCAAGAAUGACAUUCUGAGAAUGAAUAGACUUUGAUAUAUUGUAUUGUUGUCAGUUCAGUAAGUUCUUUGUCUGUUCAAAUGACAGGAUUGAACUUUGUUUUGUAGUUUCAGUAUUUUCUCUUGCUGCAUCUAUUACAGAGAGAAUUUAAUGUGUAGUUAGGAAGAUUGUUCUGAAACACCAUCUUCUUUUACAAGUCUGUCUACUGAUCCAGUAAAGUGUGAAAUGUUUGAGGUAUUGAUGCUCAUUGCAAGAAUACAAUGUGCUUGAUUGAA